GCACGGAGGACUGAAGGUAACACCGCCACGGGGCGCCGGGGUCCAGUGCCUUCCCGCCUCCGCACAAAGCCUGCUUUCGGUUCCCGCCCCUUUCUUGCUCCUUUUAAUCCUUUCCCCCUCUGCCAAUUUCGGAAGGGAACCCUUUCACAAUUUCUUUCGAAUUGAAGCGUAGGACUUAUUUUACCAACACAAUCCGGAACGAUCAACAUGGCGGCGCCCGUAAGAUGCCUUGGUAGAGUCUUGAUACAUCAAAGGUAUAACAUCUCUAAGGUGGCCUAUCAGGCACCUCUUCAUCCUUGUUCUGCAUGCAUUCAGGUGCCCAAUAGACAUUUUGCUGCUGCUAGGAAGUCUGAAAAGAAAACAAAAAAAGGUACUAAAGGAAAAGCAUCAGAUGAAAAAAAAGAUGAGAUAGAAAAAAUAAAGUCAUACCCCUUUAUGGAAGGCGAACCUGAGGAUGACGUCUACUUAAAACGCUUAUAUCCAAGGCAGAUGUACGAAGUGGAGAAAGCGAUUCAUUUACUUAAAAAAUUUCAAAUUCUGGACUUUACGAAUCCAGCACAAGGAGUUUAUCUUGACUUGACACUGGAUAUGGCACUGGGGAAGAAGAAAAAGGUGGAGCCAUUUGCCAGUGUUCUUAGGUUGCCGUACCCAUUCGUUUCAGAAAUCAAUAAAGUUGCUGUAUUUACAGGGAAUGCAUCAGAGAUUAAAAUAGCAGAAGAAAAUGGAGCCGCUUUUGCAGGAGGAACUAAUCUCAUUCAGAAGAUUUUGGAUGAUGAAAUACAUUCAGACUUUUAUGUAGCUGUUCCAGAAAUAAUGCCUGAGCUUAAUCCCUUAAGGAAGAAACUGAAGAAAAGAUUUCCAAAGCUUACUAGAAAUUCCAUUGGCCGUGACAUCCCCAAAAUGCUUGAGUUAUUUAAAACUGGACAUGAAAUUAAAGUAGAUGAAGAAAGGGAGAACUUUCUCGAAACUAAAAUAGCAACCCUGAAUAUGUCAAGUGACGAGAUAGCUGCCAAUCUGCAGGCUGUUGUCAGUGAAGUUUGUAGGCACAGACCACUGGAUUUGGGACCCUUUGUGGUACGAGCGUUCCUUCGUAGUUCGACAAGUGAAGGUUUAUUACUAAAGAUCGAGCCAUUGUUGCCUAAAGAGGUAGAAACCAAAGAAAGUCACAAAGAAGCUGCCUGAAACUGUUGUGUUGUGAAGUUUUUUAAAGUGGAUUAAGGAGAAACAGAAAAUUAUAAAACUGUAAUUUCUACAUUUGGUGUCUUGUUGUUUCUUGAUCAUCAUACUUGAAAGUGGAUUUUCACACUGGAAAAUCUUACAACACUUUCAACAAUAAGAAAAUAAAAUUCUGUCUGUGUUUGAAACUACCUUUUAGAUCCUAUUACAUCUCCUUCCUUAGAAUUCAUAUUUUACAUGCUGAAAUUAUAGCAGCAAUUUCUAGCUUAAUAACCUUCCCUUGAGAACUACAUCAUCCUAGGGAAAAGUAACAUCUUCCAUUCCCCUAAGAGGGAGACUGGCGGAGUCAUGAGCUAUAUCAUAAAUAUGACUGUUUUCUAAAGGAAGAAUACAGAAAAUGUUGGAAAAUGUUCGUUCUAAAAACUUCUGAAUGUUACUUUGAUAACAUGAAUAUAGAAAAUGAUUAAGCCAUUAAAAUGUGAGUGGGAAAUCGUUUUUCUUCAUCUUAGGAAUCAAUUUAUAAUACACUUUUAUAAUAACUGUGUAUUUUUAUGGUGUUUUACAAUAUACAAAACACCAUGUAUAGUGUUUUCACAUACUUAACCUUGUUGGAUCCUGAAUUCUGCUUAAUAGGAAGUAAUAAAUUUGGUUAGUGUUUGUUGGAUGAUAGAACAACCUUUUUUACAGAUGAAGAAUCAGGCCGAGAAGUUACAUGUCUUUCAUCAAGUGCCAGGUUGCAACUGGUAUUGGUUCUUAAGUGUUUACUGGUGUGUGACAAAACAGGAAGAAAACAGAGGAUAGAUCGUUUUGGCACACAGUUGCCAACUGUCGUUUCUUGAGAAUGAUUUCCCUUACUCUGCGAUUAUCUUUCACUCUUUUAGGGCUGUCCACAUGCGUUUUAUGAAAUAAUAGUGCCGAUAAAUUUGUUGGUAGGUUUUAAUACUAUCCAGUUGAUAAAGAAUAUUUUGACAGCUCCAUGAAGGUCUCCCAAAUUGUUUUUGAAAUUUUAGUAGUCUGAGAAGUGCAAAUGACCAUGAACAACCACUAUAUACCACUCAGUUUUUUCCCCCCAAGGAAAUUAAAAUUUAAAGGCUGUUUACCAAAAACAACUAAACUACGUUGACUACAAAAUAGUAAUCGCAGUUACCUCCUAUUGAGGGCCUACUAUUUGUUGUCUUAUGCUUUACAUGCAUCCUCUCACGGAACCCACAGAGCAGUUUCCUAAGGAGGGUGUCGCUCCCAUUUCACAGAUAAGGAAAUUGAAACCUGUACGAGGUCCCAUAAGUGGCAACCUAAGAUUCAAAGCUAGGAACUGUCUGAUUUUUGAAGCCUGUUCUUUUAACUAUUAGGCUAUUUUACUUUCUGUUAGUAUAUUCUAAGAUAAAUUAAACUGUUAGCACUUAACAUUUUAAAAUAUUGAGAAAUUAUACUUUAGUUUCUUCGUAUCUCAGGAUGUAAGGCUAUGACGUAACUGAUGGGAAGGAAGAAAAGAGCGGGAUGAGUGAGAAAAGAGUAGUGCAGUAUGGAGAGAAAAAUGAUCUGCCUGUUUCCCACGAUUCCCAUCUUUUGAAAGCUUACUAAUUAUUUGAAGAUUCUAAUUCACAGAGUAGAAGCUCUAUUGUAUUUGUAGAUUUUCUUCUGAUUAAUAGAGUAAAUAAAUAUGCUUUUGUUACAAUUUUAGAAAUGCUAAUAUUAUUUUUAAAAUUUUUCAUUUUUAUUUUUAGAGGGGAAGGGAGGGAGAAAGAGAGGGAGAAAAACAUCAAUGUGUGGUUGCCUCCUGCAUGCACCCCACCUGGGACCCGGCCCACAACCCAGGCAUGCACCCCAGCUGGGGAUCAAACCUUCCACCCUUCAGUUUGGAGGCCAGCACUCAAUCCACUGAGCCACACCAGCUAGGGCAAAAACACUAACAGAUAUUUUUUAGAUCACUCAUAAGCCUACUACUUAUAGAUAACCAGCAUUAAUAUUUUGAUGCCUUCCAUUGUCUGUUUCAAUGGACAGAAACAACAUGCAUACACACUGUAAAGUAAGCAUUUACCUGUACUAUUUAAAAUUUCAUAUAAAAAGCAUCAUUUUAAUGGCUGAACAAUAUUCCAUCCUAUUGAUUCUUUAAUUUAUGGAAUCAUUUCCAAUUUGGAGGCAUUUAAUUCCCUUUGGUCCCCUCUAUUUUUUUAAUGCUUUAGAGAAAAUCUUUGGGCAUAAUUCAUUUUGCUCUCUAUUUCUAGAAGUGGCAUUCCUGGGUUAAAAGGCAUGGUAAUGGCUAAAGGUCUUAUGCCUUAGAAAGGUGCCUUUUGAUCUGAGCAAACCAGAACAAGGAACUAUGGUUGGAAAACUUGCUCUGGGCAAGAACAUUCCAGGAUCUUAUUAACUGGUCUAUGAAUAAAUAAUUCCUUACCCUUCCACUAGAGCAUUCUUCUACUGGCUAACUAGAACCAAUGUCGAGUGUUUAUAAUGAUAUGCUAGAUUACUCUUUCUCUUUUGUAUUACUGCACUAUUCGAUUUUAUUAGAAAUCAGUAAAUCUUAAGAGUAAAAACUUUCAAAUUUUAUAGUAAAUACUGGUAAUUCUGAAACUUCAGCUUGCCUCAAAAUCACUUGGAAGGUUUGCAAGCACAAAUUGCUGGGUUGAACCCAGCAUCCACUCAGCAAUCUGGGAUGAACCUGGGAAAUUUGCAUUUCUAACGAGUGAAAGACCAAAGGCUUGGGGUAGGACAGGAGAACCUAUUCAACAGAGACUUCUUUUUUUUAAAUAUAGCAAGUAGUUAAUGACAGUGUCCAGUAGGUGGCAAUAAUAACCUUUCCUACAACUUUUAAAUAGAUGGCUUUUGGUAAAUGACUGUUUUUUUAUUUGAUUAUAAAAUAAAAUGACAAAUACAGACCACCGAUGCUUUGUUUUGGAAUGAAUCUGUUUUGCUGUUUAUUUUGUUUUGUUGCGGGCACGUUACAGAGCUUGCUUUAGGUGUCACUGCAGUAAUGCAUAUGGAGGAUUGUUUUAUUUGUCUCUGUUUUAACUCUUAAAGAAUCUUUCAAAUACACAGAAAAUUUUAAAAAUAAGAUAACACCUAUUUAGUUGACACCCAGCUUUAGCAGUUAGCAACAUGGUGCUAUUUUUCUGAUUUUUCUAGUUACAUGUAUCCCUUUCAUCUGCUCACCAGCCCCCCUCAUCCCUGGUAGAGUGAACAAAAGGAAAUCCCACACAUCCUAUCACUUAACCUACAGAGUUUUAAGAAUAAUCACGCUAUAAUUAUAAGAAAAUUUUAGAUCCAUUUUUCAGAACCUAGUGUUUUUGUAUUCUGUUCUGGCCAUUGAGGGCCUUUAGUUUUUUUAACCUAUAUUUUUUUAUAUAAUAAUGGAAAAAACAAAAAUAUUUUUAGUGUUUUGAGAACUUAGAGAACAUAGUAAUGCAAUUGGCCACAAAAUGUCAUGUGAAAUGCACUAUUUAAAAGAAAUUGUUAUUUUCACUUAAAAUUCUUAAAAUGUAAAAUUGCAAAUAAAAUUACAGAUUUGAAUACAAUAGAUUAAAAUAUGAAAUUUUCAUCUGAAGGUAUCCAAAAGAAUGAAAGUUCUACUGUAUUUUCUUUUUAAAAAAUAGAAGCACAUUAAAUAAAUUUGGCAAGUAGAAAAAGGAAGAACACAAUGAAGAAUUUAAAGAACACGGACCUGCCCUGGCCUGUGUGACUCAGUUGGAGCAUCGUGCUGUAGACCAAAGGGUCAGGGGUUCGAUUCCCCAUCAGAGCACAUACCCUGGUUGAGAGUUCCAUCCCUGGUUGGGGCAUGUACAAGAAAGCAACCAAUCAAUGUUUGUUUCUCCCUCUCUUCCUCCCUCGCUGCCUCCCUCUCUCCCCACCUUCCUCUCCCUGCUGCCUUCCUCUCUCUAAAAACAAUGAAAAAAAUGUCUUCAAGUGAGGAUAAAAAAGAAAACUGACCAUAGUUGCUUAAAUGGCAUUUUUUAUAGUUCCUUUUUUCCUCUCUAUACAGAGGACUUCUUUUUCCCCAGAACACAGGGUUGAGGUCCAGUUGGGUGAGAGUAGGAAGGAAGACACCUUGGCUCUGGAGGUUCCCUGCGUGUGCGGCUCUUUCGUCCCUUUCAGUCGAAAAAAGCCAACUGAAAUCCUUCCCAAGCAUUUGCUAAAUAAAGGUCUAAUACUUUAUGUAUUUUAAUAUGUGCUACAUAAAACUUUAUAUUAUUGUUUUUGAGUAACUGCUUUGAAAAGUAAUGAAAGUUAAUUUAAACUUUUAAGUUAAAUAGAGUAACCUAGUGUUUCCCAAAGGACUAUAUACCAUCAGUGGCACAAGAAAUUAAUAGUAAGUGAACAACAUUUUAAAUCAUUAAGUAUGUCUUCAAUAUGUAUAGAAAAACAUAGUUAACACAUAAAGAACAUGAUUGCCUAGGAUGACAUUACAGUGGGUGAUUCUUUGUAGUUCAUUUUAAAAUAUAGCUAAGGAGGGGAAGGGUAGUAGGGAGGGACUGAGCAAAAAGGAAAAGGGACUCAUUGACAUGGACAACAAUGUGGUGAUUGGGGGAAGAGGAGGUAUAAGGGGACUAAAUGGUUAUGAAAAAUAUAAAAAUAAAUAUUAAGCAAAUCAUAUAAAUAUGUAAAUUAUGUAAACUGCUUGCAAAAGUGGCUGCAUUAUUUUACAUUCUCUCCAGCAAUGCAUAGGGUUGCGGUUUCUCCACAUCCUUGUCGACACUUGGAAUUAUCUGUCCUUUAUAUUAUAGGCAUUCUAGUGAGCGUGUGGUAGUCCUAUGUGUUUUAAUUGAGAAAAUGGCUUGUUUUGUUGGGAAAGUCUUUAGGGGUAAAUGAUAGUAGUUUUUAAAUACAUGACAUUUGGAAGGAAGAGUACAUUUACACCAUGAAGCUCCAGAAGUACAGCUGGGAAUGUAGAUGAUGGAGAAGCAAAUUCUGGUACAAAGUUAAAGUGCUGUGGACUCUUAUAAAGUAGUAGUUACCUUUUUAUUGUGUGUAUUUACAUGCAGCUUGGUUAGUGUUCUUCAGUUACAGUCGACAGAAAUGACUGACCGAUGGAACUGGAGAAGGAAUGUAUUGUACGGGCAUGGGGUGGUUCACAGAAUAGGAAGCAGCUCAGCUCCAAAAAUCUAAAGAGCGGGAACCAAUGGACAGUGUCCCCAGAGAGCUACUGUCAAGGCGCAUCAGCUCUGCUUUCUGACCUGGUGUCACUCCACUCGAGAUUCUAAGGGGAGAGAGUCCACUUAGCCUAGUUCAGUUUGCAUGCCCACUCCUCGGUCAAGGAGAAAGCAGAAUUGAUAAUCUUGCCAAAAGUAUAUGCAGUUGGUGAGAAGAAAUUCUCCAGGGGAAUACUGAAGAACUUUUACCAAAAAAAGGGGGUUACUGGGUGCUAGGCUGGCAACACCAAUGAAUGCCCACUGCACAAGUUCACGACCUCUGAUAAAUAUUUAGAAAGAAUCGGUACCAAUCAGGUUUCGACAAAACUCUAAGGCCCAGUCAAUCCUUAUGGAUUGACUGUCUAUGAAUGGAUGUCUAUGAAAUCAAUAACUAUUUCUUUGAGCUCAAAAUAUUUAUUUUGUUACUCAAAGUAUUUUUAAUAGCAAAUGUUCUUCGAAUGUAAAGGAAAUGUUGCCUAUUUUUGGAGGGGAGAAAUGUCAGUUUCACUUUAUUAAACAGACAUGAACACAUUCCCAUGGUAAAAGAUCAGUCACAGCAAAAUUUGUGUGAUUCCCCCACCCAGCCUCCCUUGUGGCUGUAUGUGGAUCUUCAGUACUUAGAUUAUGUCUCUAGAUCUAUGCAGUUUAUUGCCUGAUGGCAUAGGGAGGUUUUUCAUAUUUAAAAACAGUAUUAUACCAUAUACAUUGUUUUAUAAUUUAAUUUUUUACUCAACAUUAUCUAGAGCAUUAUUCCAUGACUACUGCAUUUUAAGGAAUGCUUUAUAGUUGUCCAUAACAUGAGCACACCUUGGUGUAUAUUAGCAGAUGUGUGUUACCAGCCGGCAUAACACACAUCUAACUGACCGGCAUAUCAUACUGAAAUUGCUGAGAACCAGUGAUAAAAUGAAAUUCUUAAAAGCAGCCAGAGAAAAAAGAAACAUCAGGGGUACCAAGAUAAGAAUUAUUACUGAUUUCGCUCUGGCUGGUGUGGCUCAGUGGAUCCAGUGCAGGCCUGUGAACCAAAGAGUUCCUGCUUCGAUUCCCAGUCAGGGUACAUGCUUGGGUUGUGGGCCAAGUCCCCAGUAGGACAUGUGUGAGAGGCAACCACACAUUGAUGUUUCUUUCCCUCUCUCCCUUCCCCUCUCUCUAAAAAUAAAUAAAACCUUUAAAAAAAUUAUUACUGAUUUCUUGUCAGAAAUCAUACAAGCCAAAAGGAAUAGAAUGAUGACUUGAAGUUAAAAAAAAGUUAACCUAAGAUUCUGAGUAAAAAUACCCUCCAAUAAUGAGAGCAUCAUAAAGACUAUUUUACAAAA